UUUUGGCCCUUCUCGCGUUCCGUUAGUAAAUAGCGUCCUCAGCUCAAAGUGCGCUCUAGAGAAGCUUAAAAGUAAUGUUUUCUUCGCUGAAAUAAGUGCUCGAUCACCGGGUCGUCUCCUCAUGGCAGAAGUGUAUUAUGUUGGAGUGGACGUGGGCACUGCCAGUGUGAGGGCAGCUCUGGUGACCAGGGAGGGUCUGCUGAGGAGCACUGCGGAGGAGCCCAUCAGCAUCUGGGAGCCUCAGACUGACCACUAUGUCCAGUCCUCCACUGAGAUUUGGGAGAAAUGCUGCACAGUUGUCAAGAAAGUCACUCAGGGCGUGGAGAGGGGUCAGGUGCGAGGGAUCGGCUUUGAUGCCACCUGCUCUCUGGUGGUUUUGGACCAAAGCUUUCAGCCUGUUGCAGUCAAUCAGGAUGGUGACGCACAUAGGAACGUGGUGAUGUGGAUGGACCAUCGUGCUUCAGAGCAGGCCGCUCGCAUCACAAACACCGGCCACAGCGUCCUGAGCAGGGUGGGAGGGGUCAUGUCACCAGAGAUGCAACCCCCUAAGCUACUGUGGCUCAAAGAGAAUCUAAAGGAAAGCUGCUGGAACAAAGCUGCUCACUUUUUUGACCUUCCAGACUUCCUGUCUUGGAAGACGACCAGCUCUUUGACAAGAUCCUUAUGUACUCUGGUGUGUAAAUGGACGUAUUGCCCUCCAGAAGGAUGGGAUGUCAGUUUCUGGACCUCCAUCGGACUGGAGGACCUCCUGGAAAACAACGCUUCCAAAAUAGGCAGUUUGACGUGUUCUCCGGGGAGCCCGCUGGGGGACGGCCUCACCCAGGAGGCAGCAGCAGAUUUGGGUUUGGACCCUGGAACUGCAGUGGGUGCUUCUCUUAUCGAUGCUCAUGCCGGAGGCCUAGGUGUGAUUGGUGCUGAUGUAAAAGGCUUUCACUUGCCAUGUGAGGACCAGCCAAUCACGUCACGUAUGGCGAUGAUCUGUGGGACAUCGUCCUGUCACAUGGCGAUCAGCGAGCGGCCUCUGUUCGUGCCGGGAGUUUGGGGACCCUGCCUUUCUGCUAUGGUGCCUGAUAUGUGGCUGAACGAGGGAGGACAGAGCGCCACAGGAAGGCUGAUUGACCACGUGGUGAAAGGCCACGCCGCCUACACCCAGCUCCAGGAACAGGCACAGCAGAGAUUUCCCUUCACCGGCGAGAACAUCUACAGCUACCUGAACAGCCACCUGAGUUCAAUGGCUGACUCGCGUUCUGCUGUCGACCUGCUGGGCUCCAGUCUCCACGUGUGGCCGGACUUUCACGGGAACAGGUCGCCUCUGGCUGACCCCACCCUGAAGGGCAUGGUGAUCGGACUGUCUCUUUCUCAAACCUUGGAUGACUUGGCUCUGCUCUAUUUGGCCACGGUACAAGCCCUCGCUCUUGGUACGCUUCAUAUUCUGGAGGCCAUGAAAGAAGCAGGACAUGACAUCAGAACCCUCUUCCUGUGCGGAGGGUUGAGCAAAAAUGCUCUGUAUGUACAGAUUCACGCCAACGCUACAGGAUUGCCUGUGGUGUUGCCGGACCAGAUGGAGGCUGUGUUAGUGGGAGCAGCAGUCCUGGGUGCAUGUGCAUCACAGGACUACAGCACUAUACAGGAGGCAAUGGGGAGAAUGGCUAAAGUGGGGAAAGUUGUUCAGCCUGACCGUGAACUCCAAAGCUUCUAUGAGAGAAAGUACAAGGUGUUCCUGCGUCUGAUCGCCCACCAGAGGGAGUACCAGGCCCUCAUGAACCAGAGAUGAUGCUGCUGGAGGGAGGCGGUGGAGCUGCAUCUGGCUCUGAAGUAAUAGUGAUGACAUAUGCAAACACUGGAGGAAACAAGGACAGACGUCUUUACCCUGCUGCUUUCAUAUCAGUACCAGUCCGGUGUUUUUAAGUUUUCUCAAAAA